AUGUGUGACCGCCAAAUUCAGUACGCAGAUACGCUCGUUUCGCCGCAGAGUCAGGGGACGAUUCUGAUGAUGCUGGCGUGGUUCUUUGCAUGCCUACUCGCUCUUUGCACAGUAACCCGAAUUAUUGCGAGAUACAAAUUGAGACGCCAUCCACAAUUUCCAGUAUCCGACGAUGCUAUCGUUGUCACAGCCGCGCUAUGUGCGCUGGGAAGCACGCUCGUCAUAUCGACUGCCGUCGACUCUGGCCUUGGAAAACUGCAGUGCCUUUUAGACUCGACUGACAUCGACCGCAUUCAGGUGAAGAUCUUUGUUGCGACGAUACUAUCUGUACUAGCGCUUAGCAUCCCGAAAUGCUCAGUACUGAUCUUCUUCUAUCGGGUGGCCCACAGCACACUGCAGAGGAUAGGAGUCGUCACCCUAGGCUGCCUGGUACUACUCUGGACCAUUGCUGUCAUCUCAGGCACUGUAUUCCAGUGUGCAAUGCCACAGCCUUGGACGAUCUGGACGGGCAAGUGCAUUCCCCUAGCCACAUUCCACAUCACCACCACAAUCGCAAGCACCAUCCUCGACACCACAUUGCUUCUGAUUUCACUGCAACUCACAUGGACCCAAACCACAAGCUACCACUAUAAAACCCUCGCAUCAUUCCUCCUUUCCCUCCGCCUCCUCACGACAACCACAACCCCCACCCCCACAAUCACAAAAGAACCCCUCCCCUCCAUUCAAGCCUCCAUGUCCCAUCCCAACUUGCCCUCACGCUCGCGCUGGAGCGGCGACGAGGACGAGUUGUUACCGGAGGUGCGGCUGCCGGUGGCGAAGCCGAGGGGGAAUAAGCCCAGGAGGCCGCCGCGUCCGAUGACUCCCAUAUACGAAGUCCGCAAGAGGACUCUAGUGAUUUCGCAAAGAAGCCGCAGCAGAUGCAUUCCUCCACCAAGUUCCACUGCCUGCACUCAGGCAUUCCAUCUCCAUGCCGCCCUCUCCCAUCCUUCUGUUCCACGCGUUGUAAAAUAG